UUUCGCUUUUCAAAAUGGCACCGUCUCAAUAAGGAAGUGGAGAAAACAACUAGAAGAAGAAUAAGUUGGAUAAAACCCGUAUUUUCUAUUAAUUUCAUGCGACUCGUUGGCUAAAUCGACUUUACGUGAAAGGCCUUUGGACUGGGACUACAUAAAACUGAAAAGGUCAUGGAUAGGAUCUGCUUCUGUUAGAAGCUCUUCCAUACACAAGGCCAGUUUGUAGCAUUGUGGUGGAGUGUAGUGAGAUUGAGACGCUCGUCAUGUGUGAAGCCUGAUGCCCACCCUGCCCUCAGCGCUGGCCAUGGACGGGGAGAGCUACCUGCAUCCAGAUGGCCCUCAGCUGGACAGCAGCUUGUUCUCCACGGCCCCAUCCAACACGGAGAGUUCUUUGUUCGCCUCUUCUGGUCUCUGGGGAUCCUACCCUCAGUCCAAUGGAUACAGCAUACACUGCCCUAUGCAAUCUGCAAACCAGCAAUACCACCUGAACAGCAGCAGCACUUCAGUCCCAGAGAUGGACAUGUACUCGACUUUCCCUGAAGUGGACUUCUCCGGCUUGGCCCUCCCCAGGAAUGGAGACUUCACCCAGGACUUGUCCUGCAUUGAUGACCUCUCUACAAACUCCCUAUUCUCAUCUCCGGCCGACUCCCUGUCAGACCAUGCUGAGCCCUUCAUCAGCACAGACAACUUGGACCCAGUUCCCACUUUAUGGGACGUCAACACUAGCACCACCACUACCGCAAACACACCAGCACAGAGCCAGCCAGAGCUGAAGGGGAGCAACAAGUUUCAAGGCUUGUCCAGUUUGGAUGAUAUAACAGCUAUUAUCAGCACCCCACCUUUGGGAGGAUUUCAGCCCCCUAAAACACAAGCACCGGCAGAGGAAGAAGAAGAUGCAGAGGAGGAGGAGGCAGAGGAACUGGGGCAUGUGGAUACCUACGCUGAGUAUAAACCCUCCAAAUCCACUAUAGGAAUUUCCCAUCCCGAUAAAGUGGUGGAGACCAACACAUUGUCCAGUGUCCCUCCCCCAGACAUCACAUACACCCUCUCUAUCCCCGAAUCAACCAUUAAUAGUGGGCUGCUAUCGGCACUGCAGUUAGAGGCAGUGAUCUAUGCCUGCCAGCAACAUGAAGUGAUCCUCCAGAACAACCAGAGGGCAGGAUUCCUGAUCGGAGACGGUGCAGGAGUUGGCAAGGGACGCACUGUGGCCGGGAUCAUCCUGGAAAACUACCUUAAGGGACGAAAGAAAGCACUGUGGUUCAGCAUAUCCAAUGACCUGAAAUUUGAUGCAGAGAGAGAUCUCAAAGAUAUAGAUGCACCAUAUAUUCCUGUGCUUGCCUUAAACAAGAUAAAGUAUGGAGACACAGCUACCUCAGAAGGAGUCCUGUUUGCAACUUACUCUGCGCUGAUAGGAGAGAGCCAGGCCGGAGGGCAGCACCGGACCAGAAUCAAACAGAUCUUGGACUGGUGCAAGCCUGACUUUGAUGGAGUUAUUAUUUUUGAUGAAUGCCACAAAGCCAAGAAUGCCACAUCCACAAAGAUGGGCAAAGCAGUGCUGGACCUGCAGAACAAGCUGCCCCGGGCCAGAGUGGUGUACGCCAGUGCCACAGGUGCCUCUGAGCCAAAGAAUAUGAUCUACAUGAGCCGCCUGGGAAUCUGGGGAGAGGGCACGCCAUUCAGGACGUUUGAGGACUUCCUGCAUGCUAUUGAAAAGAGAGGCGUUGGUGCCAUGGAGAUUGUUGCCAUGGACAUGAAAGUUAGUGGGAUGUACAUCGCUCGUCAGCUAAGUUUUACUGGAGUUUCCUUCCGCAUUGAAGAGAUCGCCCUGGACGACGACUUUAAAGUGGUUUAUAAUAAAGCUGCCAAACUGUGGGCAGAAGCGCUCCAGGUGUUCAUGCGUGCAGCCGAUGAUCUGGGCCUGGUCAGCAGGAAGUCUCUGUGGGGACAGUUCUGGUCAUCUCACCAGCGUUUCUUUAAAUACCUCUGCAUAGCCGCUAAGGUCCGCUGUCUGGUAGAGCUGGCUCAGAAAGAGCUGCAGGCUGGGAAGUGCAUAGUUAUAGGUCUACAGUCAACCGGAGAGUCCCGCACAAGAGAAGUCCUGGAUGAGAAUGAUGGACAUCUUGACAGAUUUGUUUCUGCUGCAGAGGGGGUGUUCCAGUCACUCGUCACAAAACAUUUUCCAUCAGAGAAGCAGAGAAGGGAGAAACCUCCAGGGAAUAAAAGAAAACGUAAGCCUCGGGGCCGGCAGACCAAGGUGCCGAAACUGAACGUGGACAGUGGAGGCGUGAUCAACAUCAGUGACGACAGCAGCAGUGACUCUGACAUGGACACAGACUCUAACUCCUCCCCCGACUCUCUGGAGAAUGAUGACGUCAUCUUUGUGAAUCACACCAGCUGCCAGACAGCAAGAAUAGAAGAGAUGAAACAAGGUCUUCUCACCAAAAUCGCCGAGCUCGGAAAGGAACUACCUCUUAACACUUUGGAUGAGCUCAUCGAUAAGUUUGGAGGUCCAGAGAAAGUCUCAGAGAUGACUGGUCGAAAGGGUCGUGUGGUGCGGCGGGCAGACGGCAGUGUGCGCUACGAGUCACGAGCUGAACAGGGUCUAACUAUCGACCACAUAAAUAUCAAAGAAAAAGACCGCUUUAUGUGUGGAGAGAAGUUGGUUGCCAUUAUAUCUGAGGCAGCCAGCUCUGGGAUUUCCCUCCAAGCCGAUAAGCGAGUGAAAAACCAGCGGCGACGAGUGCACAUGACGCUGGAGCUGCCGUGGAGCGCAGACCGGGCCAUUCAGCAGUUUGGUCGUACACAUCGGUCCAACCAGGUAACAGCACCGGAGUACAUUUUCCUUAUAUCCGAGUUGGCUGGGGAGAGACGCUUUGCCUCCAUUGUAGCCAAAAGAUUAGAGAGUUUGGGUGCUUUAACUCAUGGAGACCGAAGAGCCACAGAAUCCAGAGAUCUGAGCAAAUACAACUUUGAGAACAAGUACGGUACCAAGGCCCUGGACAAAAUCACCAAAGCAAUACUUGGAUACAUAGAGAACAAAGUGCCCCCUCCCAAAGACUACCCCGGGGGUGACCCACUGUUCUUCAGAGACAUGAAACUUGGGCUGAUGGACGUGGGCAUCUUCUGCAGAGAGCCUCGCUUCGGGAUCAACACUGAAAAAGAUUGCUCCAUUACUAAGUUCCUGAACCGCAUUCUUGGCUUGGAGGUCCACAAACAGAAUUAUCUCUUCCAAUACUUCACUGACAACUUUGACUACUUAAUUGAGAAAGACAAGAAGGAGGGGAAGUACGACAUGGGGAUUCUGGACCUAGCCCCAGGUAAUGAUGAGAUCUAUGAGGAGAAACAAGAGACUUUUCUGACAGCUGGGAAUCCUCAAGACGGACAGGUCGUUCUUUAUAAGAUCAGUGUGGACAGAGGAAUGCCCUGGGAUGAGGCCUACACCAGGUCAUUAAAUCUGAGCAAUCCUGAUGAAGGGUUCUACCUGUCUAUCAAACCAAGAGGGAAUACUCUGUCUGUGCUGCUGGCUGAACAAGGAAGAGGCAAAAACUUUAUUCUAUUCAAGCCCAAUAUCGGCAAACAAACCCACCCAGAAAACCUGGAUAAUCUGCAGAUGCGCUAUAGAAAGGUGAGUGCAGAGGAAGCCAAGGACCACUGGAAGAAUCAGUUUGUCUUUUCACUCAAGAAGUGCAGCCAUGCGAUCUGGAAUGGGAAGUGUAAGAAGGCGGACGAGGGCCUGGACUGUCUGCAAGGCAUGCGGCUGAGGCAGUACCACAUGUUGUGUGGAGCGCUGCUCCGAGUCUGGAAACGAGUAUCCGACGUGGUGUCUGACAUCACCAACUCCAGCAUCCUGCAGAUCGUCCGCCUCAAGACCAAGCAACACAAUAAGCAAGUUGGCAUUAAGAUCCCAGAGAACUGUGUGAUGCGUGUGCGUGACGAGCUGCUGCUGAUGGAUGAGGAGGUGAAGCGGCGCCGCAAAGAGCGGCAGCAGCAGGCCUUGGAGCAGCGCCAGGCUGAAGAGCGCAUGAAAAAGAUGGAGCAGGACAACAAGCACCUCAUAGCCAAUCUCUUCAGCAACAAACCCCUCCUGAACCAGUCCCUCGUCGUGGCCCAAAACCAGCUUCUCAAACAGAAACUCAACCCACAGCGGACACAGGCUCAGAGCCUACCACCACUGCAGCGAAUACCAGGCCCCAACCUCACUUUACAGCCGCACCAGUCCGCUCAUAAAAUCACACUGUUGAGCCAGCCCAGGACCACCAACAAUGGCUGGUCCAGUAAUACUCCCACUUGCACCAACCAGGUGCUGUCUAAGACUAUGCCCAGCCCUAUCAGCUCAAGUUACACCUUUUAUCCACAAUCCUUCACUAAUAGUUUCCCUCAGAUUAAGACCCUUCCUCUCCACCAGACCACCGCUAAAGUGUCUUCCAAAGAUCCCCUCGAGGAGAUCUUGGACUUGACCGUGGGCUCACCUUCCCUCUCCCCAGACACCUCAGACAAUGGUGGACUGGGCAUAGUCGACGGUCUGGCCAAUCACACAGACUUUAAGGAUGAUUUUGAUUUGGAGUCAUUGAUUACGCAAAGCGCCCAGCAGAGCACCCAGUCCAGCCUGCUACAGAACCACAACCUUUUGAAUAACCAUCAAGACUUGUUAGAUUUGUUUGACUUGACGUUGCCCUCCCAGAACCACAUACAAAAAGCCAGCCCUUCAUCUUCUACCUCCUCCUGUUCCUCCAGCUCCUCUGCUUCAAACAACCACGUCACACACAGCCGACUGUCCACAUCAUCGCUUCUAUCUCCUCCUUCGUCACAAUCUCUUUAUAGUCCUUCUUCCUCCUCUUCUCUAUUCUCCAACUCACCAUACUCAUCUCAGUUCUUCCCCCCUCAAACCGAACCUCUUGCUCUAACUAAUGGCAACUGCGGUUCAGGUGCCCUGGAUGUACGCGAGGCUCUCAACAGCAUGCUACAGGCCGGACCAGACCGCAAGUCUGUCAUCCAGUACCGACCUCAGAAUUAAAAUGUAUGGUUGGACAUUUAGCUUUUUUAUUUUGACUUUAAAUGUGUGUGUCUGUGAUCCGCUGCUGUCCACGCCGCUCUCCCCUCAGGGCCUAGUCAUGUCACUGCCCCGUGCCCGCCCUCACAACACCAAAGUGUGUCCUCCACAGAGAAAGGCAGCUGUACAAACACGUGAGGUGACUAUGGAAUCAAAACAGGAGCUGUUAAACAAAACCUUCAUCUGAUGAGGUGGAUAGCUCCCCCUGGUGGUGAAAACACCACCAGCGUAAACCACAACUUUAGACUUUUGCUUUACUGUUACGUUGCUUUAUGCCUCGCCUCAUAUUGACUUUCUGUAUGCAAGGCUCCGUGUACAUUAAUAUUAUAGACAGGGAGGGUUGAACUGGAAGGCAGGAGGAAAUAUAUUGUUAUUUAGCCAUGAAAUGCCUCAGUUUUCAUGUUUGUGUUGCUUGUUCUCGUGUGUCUCCCUACUUGUAUGAACACUAGUGUGAGGGAAAGGGAGGAAGAGCAGUCUGCUGUUGCUAACAGUGCCUUUGGAAAAAUCUAUUAAUGCAGUCUUUGAAAUCCAUGUAGCCUAAUGUAUAGAUUUGUACUUGGAGCAAUGGUUUGAACUUUAAUUUAAUAUAUAUUUGUAUUAGAUGUUUAGCCCUCUCAGAUGUGCGUGUUACACUAUGCUGGUGGUGGGUAUCAGAUAGACCUCCUCUCGGCCUGUACAUUAGUUUAAUAGUAUGUGGAGACCUUGUUCUCACUGUCCUUUGUCCUUUCUGAGGCAACAGCCCAGCACAAGUUGUAAAAACAGAUUUUUUUUGUGCUCAAUGGGAAAAAACUGUGUCCAAGAAGAUAUCACAAUUUCUGUGUCUUUGAUCAUAAACAUCAAAGAUGUGAGUCCUGGUUUGUUUUGGGAUUACUCAGGAAAUUAUUUGCUCUUGUCAUUGGAUUCAUUUCAGCCAUUACAGGAGACUGUGGAAAAUAAAAAGAAAUUAUAUCAAAAUAAGUAAAUUCUCAGAGAUUUUAGUUCACACUCUUGGCUCAAAAAUACAAACAUUAUCCUGAAUUAUAAUAGACAAUGUAUCUCUGUUCACUUUGUUGGAAAAUUUGUGAGUUUAGCCGUUGUUUGUGUGAAAAUUGUGUGAUAAACUCACAAUUUUAGUCUUCAAAGAGCAAUAAGUCCUUUGUAUUAGUUCAUUUUACCACAAAAUACCCUUGUUCUGUUUCCAGUCCACAGGGCUCUCCAUUUCCAGAACAACAAAUAAAUUUGUAGCUCAUUUGUAUAGUUUUUCACGGGGAGUGCGCAAUGCGUUCUGGAUGAAAGUUAAUAUUAUUUAUAUUUAAGGGAUAUUUAGAGUUUAGAUAUGUUAUCCUCCUUAUAUAGUCCAAAUGUAUUGGUCAGGGAAGUUUCUAGUUUUGAAGAGAAUUAUAUCAAAUUCUAUUAUAACCUGCCACCAAAUACUAUUGCACUGUUCUGUACUGCUGUUCAUUGUCUGGGUUUAUUUCUGCUCAUAUUGUCAUAUUUUCUUUUCCCUUUCAAAAUGAUUUCCCCCAUUGAAGACUUUUUUGUGAGGCCUCUCCGUUUGCAGAAAAUACCAAAGUAUUGACAGUUCCCCCGGCUCUACACUUUCAGACCAUUAUCGAUCUCAGGAAGAAACCAGGUGUAACAGUGGGGCAGAAAUGGUUAAGGUCCCGUAUGAAAUAAAUAACCAAUAUUAGUUUCUUAAUCUGUGCUGUGACUUGCUGUAUUUGUGUUAAUGUGAUGGGUUUGUCUUUGUGAAAAUGUUGAUGUUUAUGCCUUCUUAGGGCAAAGAGCAAAGGCUGUUUCUUUAUAAGGAACAUUUUAUUUCUAUGGAUACUUUUUUAUUCGUAUUUUAUUUUAUAUUUUGACGAGUGUUAAAGCUGACAUUUGUUUUAAGUAAUUUCAGCCCUGGCUUGUAUAAAAUGUGCAAUGAGCUGUCCAGGCCUUUUUUCCUGUUCCUCAAUGGAGCACAGCAUUUGCAGUUAACUAACACAAAAUCCAAACUUUAAACAUUUUAGCCAAUUUUAUUUCCAUCUUUAAGUUUCUAACUUGUUCAUCAGGCACAUUCCAAGACCAAGAUCUAAAAUGCCGUGGUUAGAGUCAAAAAGUCAAAUUUAUGCAUUACAGGAAUAUAGAGCUUGUUUUACAUUUGUGUAGCUAGGCCUUUAUUAUAUUUUAUUACUUUUGCACUAAGAAUGGCAUAAUCAAGUUACUGUUCUUGUUAUGAUUGAGUAUUGCCGGCUUGUGUUCCAGAUGUUCAUUGCAAUGCUUUGUAUACUGUAACCAUCUUGUUUCACCACCAUUUGCAUAUUAUAUAAAUGUUAUCACUUUCAAAUAAUUUAUUGCUAACAGAAAAAAACAAAAAACAAAAACAUGCUACUGAUUGUACGUAUUUUUCAACAAAGCCUAUUUUUUCUGUAAAAAAAGAAAACUGUGUUCAGCACUUUUAUUCUGGGUUGUGCUUUUGUUUUCUAUAUAUUUAUAAUUUAGAUCCAAAUGUAUAUAUUGUAAAAUUUGUGCCUUUUGACUAAUUCUUUAAAAGGUUUUCUACUCAUUAAAGGAAGGACUAUAUGAAAAUGCAAUCUUAACUUUGUAAACAAAUAAAACUUGAAGAUUGCUGAAA